AUGCACUGUCAAGUCCAACAUCAUCCACGAGUUGUCAAUGGCAGUGUCAAUACCGAUGGCGAAGGUGUAGAGCGCUUCUGGAGCACAGCAAAUCGCUUCAUUUCCAUGAUCAGACAGAUGAGCAAAUUCAACCGCAAAUCAUUGUUAACAGAUGUCGUAUAUCAUUUUAGACAGAACAAAAUGUUGGAAAUUCCGGGACAAAUCUUAAAAAAGUACACCAAUGCAAUGAAGAAGGUGAGCGAGUUCAACAUUACAAAUGAGAAAUUUUUUGCACUGGAAGAACAGUGGAGUGAGCAUGUAGAGAUCGUGAUGAUUCCAGCAACUCCUGUCGGUGUGCAAAUCGUUAUAGAUAAGGCAGAACAAGAAACCCAUGUCAGUAGGUAUUCUUACUACCUUAAAUUAACUGUUGAAUAUUUGCUGUUGAAUGACUUGAGAGAUGAAAGUGGAAGAAAAAUUGAAAUCAUUACCAGGAAAAAUAUCAAUAGAAACAAUUUUUUGGUCGAUCAAAUCAAGCAAUUACAAUCUGUGUAUGGGUAUGCGAUGAUCAACAGCCUAAAUGAUCCAGCCUUGCAAGAACAUCGAGAACGGAUCAUUGAAGUUCGAUACAAUGUAAUGAAUACAUUUGUAAAACACCUCUUGUUUGCAAUUCUGAUGAAAGAGCACAAGAUAUCUCAACCUGGCUCAUUUGGCACUGCAAAGGCGGCCAGAGUUAUUUUGUCGCUUGAAAUAUUGAAGAAGAAAGCAAAGGUGAUCAUUUCGAUGAUCAACAAAUCUGUAGAAACCUCAUACAGUACGCAGGCAGAGAUCGACAGAAGAAAGAAGAAAACAGUCGGAAAAGAAGUGGAACGGAUCAGACUGUAUGCUGCCGAAAAUGGUCUGGAUUUGCCCACCCCUUUGAACAACUAG